UGUUUGUCUUUAGCAGGAGAGCGACCAGACUCUCACUCUGACAGCGGGGAGAGUCAUUCAGGGGAACCAGACCCAGAGACGUCCAAACCAGCGAGACGACACCACUGUUCCCAGUGUGGAAAAAGUUUUAAACUAUCACAACACCUGAAAUCACACAAGAGAACACACACAGGAGAAAAGCCUUACCACUGUUCCCAGUGUGGAAAGUGUUUUACACGGUUAGAUUACCUGAAAAGUCAUAAGCAAAUACACUCUGGAGAGAAGCCUUACUCCUGUUCCUAUUGUGGAAAAAGUAUUAGGUGGUUAGGGACUCUGAGAUCGCAUGAGCGAAUACACACACAAAAAYAGCUAUACCAAUGUUCCUUGUGUGGAAAGCGGUUUACCCAGUUAGAAGCCCUGAUUAUGCAUGACAGGACACACACAGGAGGGGAUAAGACKUACCACUGCUCCCAGUGUGGAAAGAGAUUUAAUUGGUUAAGGCAGCUGAAUAAGCAUGAAAGAAUACAUACACAGGAGGAGAAGACAUACCACUGCUCUCAUUGUGGAAAGACAUUUUCCCAGUUAGAGGACCUGAAAUCACAUGAGAAAAUAGAGAGGCUGUGUUCUGACUUGAGUUUUUGACUGAUCAUUUGUGUUUUUUUUGUUUCAUCCUCAUGAAAUCAAAUUGUAUGAAACCAGAAUACGGUUACUUUUGUUGUUUUUUCAUUUUGAGACAUGAUCAUGUCUAAUAUCAGAUUAAAUAUUUAAAAAUGUCUAUUGGGUUUUGAUGAGCUUUGAUUGAUUUGAUACAAGUAUAAACCCUCUGAUGUUGUUCA